AUUUUACAACUUUUUUAUUUUAUACAAAUAUUUAAAGCAAAAGAACUAAAAAUUAUUAACAAUAGAGUGAAAUUACUAAAUUUUAUACGCAGUAAAAGCAUUAGGAAAUCUAUUUCAAGUCUACCUUCGUAAUAUAAAUGCAGUUUAAAUUACAUAUAUAAAUUAAAUUUUAAUAAAAAUGUCGGGACAACAUCCAAAUUAUACACAACACAUAAGUGCCAAUUGUCCGAGAGGUGGACGAACUUACUCAAGUGCUGGAAGACCAUUUACCCCAGCAGAUCUUAAACCAUGUCCUUUGCAGUCUUCAUAUGAGCGUAAUAAUAGAAGUUUAUAUUUUCCUAAUGCUGACGAUAAUAUGCAAGAUAUUUGUCCAAAUAUGUCCAGCAAAGAAUAUUCUGGCAGGGCCUUUGAUCCUUGUUUAGAUAUAUCAGGAAAUCGAACGGAACGUUCCAAACAGCCGUUUCAGCAUAAGCAGGGUACUCAAAGAGGUAGUCGUUUAAACUUGGAAUAUGAAAUGGCUAGAAAUAAGGAUAUAGCUUUGGGAUGUUUAAGAGCUGAGCAAGCAGCAGCUUGUCCAAGACCUCCACACCAUUAUGAAAGGCAGGCAAUUGCAAGUAGUAAGCCACAAAUGGCGGCAAGUGCUAGAGGUAGACCAUUUGACUUAAGAGCGGAAAUGCAACGUCAGCUGACUGAGGCGGAAUCACCCAAUGUUUGUGUGAAACCUGGACGCGGUAAUAUUAAUAGGGGACGUCCAGUCGAUGUGGAUAGGGUUUAUGAUUUUAAUAUGCAGACAUGCACUCCUGCUGGCAGAAGCGGGCGUGCUUUGGAUCUGCAAAGGGACUUGACCUUCCGCCGUUUAAAUUUGCCUACUCCCAAGCAACAAAAACGUGCUAUAUCUUGCCCUACUCCUGUACAAUACAGUUCUCCCAAUUCUACUGCACAACGUUUGCCAAGAAUAUGUCCGCGACCAUCGCAAUCUGUUUGUGUUAGUCCCACACGAUCUAUUUCACCUUCAGAGGGGACUGUCAGUCGUUAUUCUACCCCAAUUAAUGACAGCUCUAUCAGAUCGCCAAGAAGAGCGGUUAAAUAUCCAGUGACCCCGGUAUGCCGACCCUUAAGAACACCAAUUUGUCCGGUUGGCGAAGAGGCUGCAGAAUCCCCAGGCAAUAUUACAAAAACUACAAUGACCAGAACCACCACUACAAGGCCCUUAAAUCCCCAGCACACUACCAUCAGUCCGACACUCCAAAAAUCAACUAAUAUAACGACUGAACUGUAUGAAAAUGAAACGCCUAGACUGAGAGCGCGGAAUAUUUCCAAUAUUACUCAAGAUAACACUCGUCAAUUGGAUUCAGGUUAUGGACAAACACCACCAAGAAAUUUCGCAUCCCAGACACCUUAUAAAACUCCAGAACAACAAUUAAAUAUAACGGAACAAACUACUUCAGCAAGUUUUCAAAAAACAUCAAGUCCUUCCAUAAUGAGAGACAAUAUUACCCAAAUGGAAUCAAUGAGGAAUGUUGAAAGUAUGGAUUCAAAAGCUAAAACUUUUCUAAACAAAACGCAAACGGUUCCACCACCUCCACCUUUACCGCCUUUGGACCCCAAUAGUAUAAACUGCCAAAAUCUACAGAGAACUUAUCGUUCUGGUGAUCAAAGCACUCGUUGUCCAGCUCCUACUUCUUCAACGGCAAGAAGUUUCGAUCAAACUGGUUAUUAUAAUAAUGUAAAUUGUCUUAUGGAGGAAGACUAUAGACCCCUACCUAGUAGAACCUGCCCUGGUCCAAUACAAACUCAACGAUCUCAAUACUGCCCAGCUCCAACAAAUGAAUCAUAUUAUUACAAUGCCUCGAUGUUUGCGGAACCUAGCCAAUUUCACAAAAGACAAUGUGAAUAUAUAGAUCUUACCGAUGAGACACAAUAUUUUGGUGAUGAUAUGGAUAUCAGCGUUCCCGAGUUAUUAUCCCGUUCCGCUUGCCCUAUUAAAUGUGAAGACUCCAACCAAAUGCAAUCUUGGAGAAUACCUCCCGAAGAUCUUACUUGUUGUGAACGCACUGGUUAUGAAACAUUCCAAAGUCAACAGCCAGAUUUAAGUUCCACUAUGGUACAGACUAUGCCAUCCCAACAAAGUGAGAUUAUGGGUGCUGAUUUUGAGGCCACCGAAUAUCAAGAAUUACCUAUGUCUUUGAAACCUCAAGCUCCCACAUGUCCUCCUUGUGAACAACCUAAAGCUAGUUUGUUUCGCUGUUUAGCUAAGAAGUUAAGUUCUACUUAUGAUUUUAUUUCCUCUUUGAUAGCACCACAAAAAUCAGCAAUAACAGUUCCAAUGGAUCAGACAACGGGCCAAGUAUGUGAUACAACGACUUUUGGGUUGAAUACAAUGUUUAACACAAGUGGACGUCACAAUGCCACAACAACAUUUGAUUUAGGAGAUUUGUACGCAACACAGUGUAAUAAUGAUACAACAAAUUUCGGCCUAAACAGUCUUUUUGGAAAUAAAACGCAAUUAGUGGAUGAACCUAGCUCGUUAAGAGAAUGUGCCAAUGCCAAGAGAUGCGGCCGCGUGCAAUUUGAUAGUUCAGAUAAAGGUCAAGUUCAAGAUCCGCAUCGCACGGCCAUACGUAAAGCUGAAAUAGAAAACUUGGUAAAUGAUACCUAUUGCCCGGGCAUUAUACAGGAAACUAUAGAUGGUCGUGAAAAUUUUAAUAAUUAUUCCUUUAAUAUGAGUUUGGUUCAAGAGCCCAAAGAUGCAACUGUUUGUGAAGGACCACCUAAAGAAGAUCCCAUGACCUUAUUAGAGGCUUUUUCAAUACGCAUAGAAAAGGAAAGAAUUGAAAUCAAUAAGGAUUUAAAUGAAACAUCAACAGUUGGGGAAAUUGAGGCUUCUUUACAUAAAUAUUUUGCCAGUCAAAAUCCUAGCGACUUAAAUCGUUCCAUUAAAUGUCUAUUAUUAUCGGAGCACUUACAAGAACAUGAGCAGGAGGAAAAAAGUAAAGGUUCUUCUUUUGAAGCUGAAGUGCAAAAAUUGGUUACCACAUUUCCAGAUAAUGCACAAAUAAAAUUAAUAGCUUAUACCGGCCACACUAAGGCUGUUAAAGAAACUACAGAUGAAACAUAAAAUUCAGUAAAAAAAAAUUUAAGAUUUAAAAUAUUUUCGAUAUUAACGACUGCCUGAUAUAUAUUUCUGUUUAUAUUUAGCAAUAUUUAAUAAAAAUAAAUCAUUUCAGAAAUAUAUUUUUUGAAAAAC